UCUGUCAUUGUUUGCAGGUUAUUUAUUGUUCUCUGCUGCUCUUCCUGAAGCUUCAUCCUUUGUCUGACAAGAAGGUAGAGAGAAGAUGUCUCAAUCACUUUCCAGCCCAAAGGCAGAACAAGUUGUUAAUGUUGAUGUGAGCCAAGCCAAGGCUCUCCUCCAGUCUGGGCAUCAAUAUCUUGAUGUUAGGACUCAGGAAGAAUUUAAGAGAGGGCAUUGUCAGGCAACUAAGAUCGUCAACAUUCCCUACAUGGUCAACACACCUCAAGGUAGAGGGAAGAAUCAAGAUUUCUUGGAACAAGUCUCUUCUCUUCUCAACCCAGCUGAUGAUAUACUUGUGGGUUGUCAGAGUGGAGCCAGAUCCUUCAAUGCCACAACUGAACUUCUUGCUGCAGGUUACAAGAAAGUGAGAAACGUGGGAGGUGGCUACAUGGCGUGGGUGGAUCAUAGCUUUCCAAUCAACAAGGAAGAGCCAUCUGCAAACUAAGAAGAUUCUUUAUCAAAUAAUGACAGAGUGUGUAUGUGUACUGUGUGUGAUGUAAUCAAUCAAUUUCUACUUUAGAAUUUCCCAGUUUCUUGUUUGUUAUCAAAACUUUGUGCCAAAAUCAAAUAAAUAAAAGCUGUGUUUUAUCAAA